UACCGUUGCCAGCGCUGUGGAGCUUGUCGCAACCACUGGACCCCAACUCUCGGGUCCAGCAUUCAUCAGCUCUCGAUUCCUUACGCUUCUUCCUAUUGGAGGCGAUUUUGAUCCAUCCACGACCCUUUCCGCUUCUCCUUUCCCCUCCCUUCCCUUAUUGCGCAAGCAAUUGCUUUCUGGCACAGGCGUCCACGUCUGUGAAGAUGGCUGAUUUCCUCAAGAACAUCCUCGGAGGCAGUAAGCCCGCAGCAACGCCUGCGGCUGCCCAGCCUGAUUCUGAUUUCGCCGACUUCGCGAAAGCGCCUGAACCCGCUCCUCUACCUUUCCAGGCUGGCGCCGGCAGCCUCACCAACAGUGGUCCUGUCCCUACCGCGCGUCCCUACACGAAAUGGUAUAAUGUACACGAGCGCCAUAGCUUAAGCGAAUUCCGCACUGAAGGUCUCAUACUUUCUAUCAUUGCCGUCAUCUGUACUUUACACUUCUUCGGCGCGCGACUUAACCGGGCCAAGUCAAGGGCAUGGGCCAAAGCUCAUGCUCCCCUUUUAACUAGCGAGUUCGCCCUCGUUGGUACCGGCAAAUCGUCCAUCUCAGCAGAUGAAUCCGAUAAGUUGUUGAAGGAAAAGAGCUUGUUCGAAUAUGCAUCGUAUGCAACUGGUCGACAGAAUGUCGCUUUCAUGGAUGUCAAGCUGUCGCUGAUGAAGCGCUUCAACCCUCUGGUGCUUUUCCCCGAGUUCCUUAUCGGUUUUCUCUGGGAAAGCUACCCCGCGCCUGAGGAUUCCGUGGGUGCUACCAUCUACCCCUUUGACGGUAGGGAGGCUCAGAUCGUCCCUGGAGUUCCCGGCACAACUGAACUUCGGAGCAAGGACUCAAAGAGCUCCUACGAUGGUUUCGUCUGGGCCGUUGUCAACAAAAACAAGAUGAAGGAGCUACGAGAGGAGCGCUAUGAUGUUUCUAUUACCUUCACCAAGGAUCACCCCAAGUUGCCUCUCUGGGCAACGGUCAUGAGCGAGAGCGCCGAAGUUACCUCUGCUCUCCUGACCGAUGAAUUGGUUGACGCAGUCAACAAAGCUGGAGAUCUUCUCGACUACAUUAUCAUCACUGACCAGCCCGUGGAGAAGCCUAAGACACUGGAAGAGACUGUUCCACGCAAGCGCAUAUUCCUUCGGUACCGUCUCCCAUCCUCCAACAACUACGAGAACCUCCUACCUCUCUUCUCGUACUUCAUUCGCCUACCUGAUCAGUUAGCGUCGGUUGCUCACUUCCGGAACGAAGUUCUACGCAAAAUUAAGAGCGUCCGUGAAGAGAACGUCAAGCAAAUUCAGAAACUUGCCGACGAGGAAAAGGCCGAGGAGCGGGCGCUAGAGCGUGACAAGGCCAGGAAGGCUAAGCGUGAUGCUGAGCUCAAUGCUCUUGAUGCUAAGGCCCAGAAGAAAUAUCUCGAGAAAGAGAAGGAGAAGGAGAUGCGUAAAGCGGCCAAGAAGCAAACUGUACGUGGAUGAUCUGACUAACGACUCUUGUCGAACAUGGUUUACCACUUUCGAGCUAGAAUUUAUAUAGGGGAUUCUGGGCAGCGACACGGCGGUGUAUCAUGAGGAUAACUUAAAGGGGGAGGCUUUCUUUGUAAUGCAUGCACGGUAGGAGCUCGAAAAGUUUCAUAGGGGCACAUAAUAUAUGUAACUAUAUAUAACACGGUCAGGCAUACUGUUUUCUGGUCAUCUGUUAAUGUAUGAAAAUAACUUAUUCACGGUGUGCUCUCUUGCCUAUGGUGCUUAAGCAUCUUCGCCGCAAUCUUAUUGCUUCUCACCCCUGAACAACCUUGAAUCUGCUUUUUUCCCGCCGCGCUAUGUGAGUUGCCCCGGCAAUGUGAAUCACGUAAAUUUCCGCUCAUGGAGUCGGCUUUGAUAGAAUUUCUUCGACACGCUUCACCUUAUCCUGGGCCGUCUGUUUCUUGUCCGUCCUGUAAUUCAAUCGCCAGAGAGCUGGAGUUAGGUACAGACACGAUGAGGCAAAUUGGGAACCAAAUAAGUCGAGAGAGGAAAAAAAAAAAAAAAAAAAA